AUGUCAGGGACAUCUAAGAAACAGUGGGAGAACAGGAAUUUCAAUCAGCUUCUAAGAAUUGAGAGUGAGUCUUAUGGAGAUAUCUUACAGUGGGACUUUCAUGACACUUUCUUUAACUUAACUUUAAAACAGUUCCUCUUCUACCAUUGGCUAGCAGAAUAUUGCCCAGGAGCUAAUUUUAUUUUCAACGGAGACGAUGAUAUAUUUGUAAACACCUUCAAUGUAAUUACCUACCUACGUGAACUGAGAGCGGAUAGUCACCUCUUUGUUGGGCAACUAAUAGCCAACGUUGGACCUAUUCGUGAACCUGGCAGCAAAUACUAUGUCCCCAUACAGCUCACCAGUUCCAAUUCCUACCCUAUGUAUUGUGGGGGAGGAGGAAUACUCAUGUCUCAAAGUACUGCCCAUGUUAUUUACGAUAAAUCUCUGGAAAUACCACUGUUCCCAAUUGAUGAUGUGUAUCUAGGCAUGUGUCUGAAAAAGGCUGGCCUAGUCCCAGGCUCUCACAUGGGAAUGAGGACAGGAGGUGUGCAAGUACCAUCAGCCAAGCUGGAUUCUUUCAACCCAUGCUAUUACAGAGAACUUUUAAUGGUACACCGUUUGUGCCAUACCAGAUGUUGGUCAUGUGGAAAGCUGUACAAGAACCUCAACUUUACUGUGGACAGAAGCGCUCUUUAUAUAUAG